AUGGUAUACGCCCAAAUGUCUGCAGGGCUAGGAUACAGAGGCCAAGUUUCUGAAGCUAGUGGACAUAUAAACGCAUGGAGUCCUGGUGUGUCACCUCGUCAAUUUAGUCAAGCACGCGUUUUGGUCUCCAGACAGUACAAUAGUAUCCAGGCCGGUUGGCAGGUCUACCCAGCUCGCUGGGAUAACGACACUCGCUUCUAUACAUACUGGACAGCAGAUGGUUUCAAGAAGAGAGGAUGUUUCGAUAUGCAUUGUCCUGGUUUUGUCCAAAUUAGCCGAACAAAUCCACUUGGUACUUACGUUGAUGCCUUUUCUGCACGAGAUCACAGGCAGUAUUACAUAGAUGUCAAGAUAAGCCGGGAUCCACAUUCAGGAAACUGGUUGCUAUUUUACGAGAAAGAGGCAAUCGGUUACUGGCCUAAAGAAUUGUUUACAGCACAAGGCUUAUCUCAGGUAGCAUCAUAUGCAUCAUGGGGAGGAGAAGUCUAUAGCCCAAUUGGUGAGAAGAGCCCACCGAUGGGAAGUGGGAGUUUUGCACAAGAAGGGUACCAAAGAGCGGCUUUUGUCAAUGCCAUUAAGGUGAGGGAUGGUUUAUGGAGACUUACCAAACCAGUCGGUGUGAAGGUUUACGCGGAUCAACCAAAAUGUUAUAAUGCAAAAUAUUUUACGAGUAGUGAUGGUGAACCUUGGACCACUUCUGUGUUCUUUGGAGGUCCUGGGGGUUGCUAAUUAAGUUCAGUUCCUUAUGGCUAA